AUGACUAAUAGUGAGGUCUCGUUUGGUAAGUCAACACUUUCCAUAGUUCCAAAAGAGGGAAGCCAGCCCACAGUUUUGGAAAGAGGGGAUUUUUCGGGGAAGGAAAAUACUGCUCAGCAAGAAAGAUUGGUGGAUGCUGCUCAGCAUAAGUGUUUGGUAGAUGGAGCCCAGCAGAAUUCCUUGGUUGAUGGUAUUCAAGGAAUGAAGCCCUCUAAUUUUGAAGUUAAUUCAGGAAUUCGAUCCCUCAACCCAGGCUUGAACGCGAUUACUAAUAUUGAUAGGCCUUGCCGUGGUUUUCAAAUGCAAGAAUUGAAAAAAACCAGUGAAGAAGAGCAAUGCUUGUUAAAUGAUCACUGUCUACCAUCUUCAGAUUCCACUUUUUUCAUUGACCAUCACUUUGCUGUUAGAAUAGACUCAAGUACCUCCUUGGAUGAUGAAAUGGACCCUAGUAGGGGUAAUGAUCUCACCCUCCCUCAAAAUCCUCAUACGGGCAUGAUUACUAGAUCAAAAUCUAGCAGGUUUUGCCGCAUGCAAGUAUAUAAUGUCAAACCAAAAUCCAUGGACUCAGAAUCAGGGAAAACAAUUCUCUGUUCCCUAAAUCUCAAUCCAGUUUCUCAAGCUACCAUUAAAGUGAAAUGGGUUUCGUGGCUUUAUCCGCCAGAAGGUAGAUUGAAAUUGAGCAUUGAUGGUGCUUCUAAAGGAAAUCCAGGUGAAUUUGGGGUGGAGUGA